AUGGAAAGUCGCCACCAACAACCCACCGUCGCCGUCAUUGGCCUUGGUGGUCAAGGCCUAGCAACUCUCAAGAACCUGCUAGAGGAAGGCUUCAGAGCCACUGCAUUCGAGAGACGGGACUAUGUUGGGGGGAUCUGGCAUCAUUCCGGCGAGAAUCAGUUGUCAGCUCUGCAAUCAACUUUCGUCAAUGUUUCCAGAGAAAGAGCAUGUUUCACCGACUUUCCUUUUCCACAUGGCACUGGCUCCUACCCAAAUUCCCACGAGGUCGAUCAGUACCUCAAUGAUUAUUGCAGUCACUUUGCCCUUCAUCCACAUAUGCGACUUGCAACCGACGUAAAAUCAAUCCAACGAGAUGAUGGAAACAACAAGUGGUGCUUGCGUAUCUCUACCCGUGGCCAACUCGACGAAACUUUGGAAUUUGACAAGCUCGUUCUUGCUACAGGUCCCCACGUCAUUCCCAAGCAGCCAGAACUCCCAGGAAGAUCGCAAUUUUCGGGUAAUGUUCUUCAUUCUAUUGCAUACAAGGACCCUGGCAGCUUUCGGAACAAACGUGUCAUGGUGGUGGGUAUGUCCAACUCAGCCGCAGAUACCGCAACCUCCUUGGUUGGCAUUGCUGCACACAUAUUGCUUUCCCAUCGUCGUGGCAGUGUGGUUGUUCCUCGAUAUCUGAAAGAUGGUACCUCAUUGGAUCACAACUUGACAUAUCGACAAUUUCAAAUAAAGGACACCCUUGAUACUGUUGCCCCAAGCCUGGCGAUCAAAUUCCUUGACGCUAUCACUACGAGGAUCUCACGCCAAAAUUUUGGAGAGCUUGAUCCGGCCUGGAAUCUCCACCCCCCUCCAUCUCUCCUUCAUCAAGUGCCAACAGUCAGCGACACCCUAAUUCCCGCCCUCAGAAACCGCUCCAUCAUCAGUACUAAAGCUCCAUCGCGUGUCACAGGGCCCAAGACAAUUCUUUUAGAAGAUGGCACAACUGUUGAAGUUGAUGCAAUCAUUUAUUGUACUGGGUAUGAGGUGGACUAUUCAAUCCUGGGUCCUUAUGAUCCCACCAUUAUCCACACAGAAGGCCUUAAAUGUCACGACAAAGCAACACCAAGGCUCUAUCAGAACAUAUUCUCUCUGGUCUAUCCAGAAAGCCUCGCCUUUGUUGGUAUAGCGAUCACGUUAUCUCCUGCAUUCUUGUUGAGUGAUCUUACCAGCAUGGCUGUAGCACAGCUAUGGUCAACGAAACCCGGGAGCCCAGUCCUCCCACCGCAGACUACUAUGGAUUCAUGGUAUGCCGACCAUCUCGAAUGGGCAAGGUCGAUUCGCCUUUUGAGUGAGCAUGCCAAAUUUGCUCCCAUGUCGGUGAAGAACGGUCCUUGGUUUCGAUGGGUGCAAGACGUCGCUGGGGCAGAAGUCGAGAGAAAUCUGAAUUAUGCCAGCUUACAAGCUUGGAAGUUUUGGUGGAAUGACAGAAAAUUAUGCGCUCUCCUGACCGAUGGUAUCUGGUCUCCCCACAUGUACCGCUUGUUCGACGGUGAUCGAAGACAGAAAUGGACUCAAGCUAGAGCUACCAUUGAGAGGGUGAACAGCGAUGUUCAAGAACGCCUUCGCGCACGCCGAUUGCCUCAAUAA